UGUUUUAUGUACCUUCUCCUUUCUAAGACCAAAAAAUCUCGAGCUUCUUUCCCAAUUUGAUUAUUUCCAAAUUCCAAAACCCUAAUUAUGAUUGUUCAAACUCUUUAACUAGGUCGCAUAACACAAACCCUAAUUACAACCCUUAAUUGUUCAAACUCGAUCAUAAUACCCCAAAUCACAUACAUCGUUGAUUAGCUAUGGCUUCAAAGAUUCUGGCAAACUUGAUUGUGAUGGGUGGGGGAAUCUUGGCAAGAGCAGUCGUUCAGGCAUAUCGUCAAGCCCUUACCAAUGCCUCAAGAAAUGGUGUUGCACAGGAAACAAUACAAAAUACUAUCCACAAAGCUAGCAAAACAAUAACAGAGCAAGAGGCUCGGCAGAUUCUUGGUGUUACCGAGAAAACUCCCUGGGAGGAUAUUAUCAAGAAAUACGAAAGGUUGUUUGAGAAUAAUGCCAAGAAUGGGAGUUUUUACCUCCAGUCGAAAGUUCAUCGGGCGAAGGAAUGUCUAGAGUCUGUCUAUCAACAAAGGCAAGGGUGAAGGAGGCCCUAGUUGAGGAGUCAGUUUUGCGCCAUCAAUUUUGCUCGACCGUACUGGUCUUUGGCCACCAUGUUGUGUGUUAUUUGUUCAAUCAAAACUAAAUUUAUUUUACUAGAAAAAUUAUUUGUAAAUGAUUAGUUGGGAAAUUCGCUGCAAAUAAUGGAAGCUAACUAUGGAACUGAGGCUAUUUUAAUGCUUUUAAUUUAACAUAAAUUAUUUAGAUUA